AUGGGGAUAGUUUGGAGAGGAUCCCCUGGGUUCUUUACUAUCUCUAGUGUCUUUGUGAUACUGACAAUAUGCCUCUCAAUUAGUACAGAUAUGGCAGGAGCAUCGGAGCCAGACAUUCCCAUGGCAGGAGAAUCGAAGCCGGGCACUCCCCUUGAGGGUAUUCCCGUGAAGCCUCUAACACCGCCAGCAACAGUCCCGCCACCAACAGUCCCGCCGCCACCAACAGUCCCGCCACCUCAACAAAAGUGCCCACCUAAACCUGUAUGUAAACCUUCACCAUUACCCAUACCACCUCCAAAGAAUAUGUGCAAAUUCGAAGACACAUAUUUGGCUAUCAACAGUGAUUGUGGUACUUGUGCAAGUGAAUGUAAAAAGAAAUGUUCUGGCAUGGAUAGUUCGAUGGUAACGCAGCGCUGCACGGUACAAGAUUGUUCGCAGAUUUGCGAGUGUUGUUGCGAAAGCAACCCAGCAGCAUGUGUCCCUUGA